AAGAUGCUUGGAAAAACAUUUUUUUUGGUGCUUUCAGUCUGUUCGCUCAGCGGCUUCGCCGCUUCCGAACCACAAUCUGCGGCCAAACGAGUGCACUUCCCGGAACGUGCUCCUCAGGCGGUGUUCAGUUGGAAUUUCUAUAAAGAAUCGUUGGACCUCUCGAGGAAUGUUGCCUGUUCGCCGUUUACCAUUCGGAUGCUGUUUGCAGCGUUGGAGCAUAUCUCGCCACGAGCUUCGUCGUCCAUUAGAACCCGCUACGAUCAGCAACUGAAGCAAGCGUUAAAUGUUCUCAAUGCCAACAUUAUGAGCGGAAGAUACCGGAAACUGAUACCGAAGCUUAAACAAGAUUCGGCAAUCAAAAUCGAAUCCUUAAUCGCAGCCCUUGGAGAGGGAGAAUUUGCGGGAGUGGUGAAACGUAUAGCGGAACGUUAUCAGCUUUCGUUUGGCAGAUUCGGGAAAAAGAACAAAGAUUGCAUGGCGAGAUCGAUCAAUAGAGCAAUGGGCAAUUUGACCGAUGGAAGGAUGUCGAAUUAUCUGACUAAAUCGGAUUUGGAUUUUGCAAAACAAUUGCUUUUGUUGAACCAGCUGGAGUUCAAAGGAAUUUGGCGGAAACGUUUUGAUGCAGAGUGGAUAGUAACGUGUCCAUUCUAUUUGAAUUCGGAACGUUCCUUGCCCGUCGAGUUCCUCUUUCUGGAAGACUACCUUCCCUAUUACCAUAAUUCUACCGAAGACAUUUCAGCCGUUGAAUUGGCAUUCGAAAAGAAAAGUCUCUUUUCCUGUUUGUUAAUUAAACCGAUCGCGGGCGGUUUGGAGCAAUUAAUUCCAAAACUAAAUCACAGAGUGUUUCGUGAAAUUUACAACAAUUUGCGCCGUGGUAGCAAAGUAACCGUACGGGUUCCGAAGUUUGCCAUUAACAGCAAAAUUAAUGCUAGGUCUGUUUUAAUAAAAAUGGGUUUGAGUUUACCAUUCAGUGAUGAUACCUACCGUUUGUACGACGGUAACGGGAGAGUUCCCCUGGAUGACGUAAUUCAAAGGACAUCCUUUACUUUCGGAGAACAAGGAGAAGAAGAUGCACCGCAAAUUCUAGAUAGGGUAAUGCCAGACACUUUCUCCGCCCAUCAACCAUUCGUGUUUGUCGUAUUUGAACGAGCCACGGGAGUACCGAUUGUGAUGGGUCACUAUGUGCAACCGGAACAGUCGGAAGUGUCAUCAUCGGAAGUCAACCCCAUGCGGUGCGACAAUCCUCCCAGAGGAUUUUAAACCUGUGACCGAAUCAUGUUUGUUAUGGAUAUUCUAAUAAAACUAACUGGUACAAUGAAA